GCCCCCCUCUAGAACCGCCCUGGCCUGUUGAAAAAACGCAUGGCCUCUUUGUUUAUGUUUUUGGUCUAUUAGGGCUGACGAACGCCGUGACGUCAGGCGUUGCAAUAGAUUAGGCGGAAGUUGGUCAGCCAGCAGGCAGCUGUCAUCGUAGCCGAUAGCCGCCUGCUGCUGGAGAGAAUAAACAAUAAUAAAACUAGUUCAACAUCUGUCGCUUAAAGGUGGAGGUCAGGUCAGCAGCAGAGAAACAUGGAUGAAGACGUGUUGACCACAUUAAAGCUGCUGAUAAUCGGAGAAAGCGGGGUGGGAAAGUCCAGCCUCCUCCUGAGGUUCACAGACGAUACAUUUGACCCAGAUCAGUCCGCCACGAUAGGUGUGGACUUCAAAGUCAAGACACUCGCAAUUGAAGGAAACAAAGCAAAACUAGCUAUUUGGGACACAGCUGGACAGGAAAGGUUUCGUACGCUGACACCCAGCUACUACCGCGGUGCGCAGGGAGUCAUACUCGAAUCCUUUCCGUAUUCAGAGGCCAGUGCAAAGACCAAAGAUGGCGUCCAAUGUGCCUUUGAAGAGCUAGUGGAGAAGAUCCUCCAGACUCCAGGGCUCUGGGAGAGCGACAACCAGGGUCAGAAGGUCCAGCUGGGGCAUCAAGAGCAGGGCGGAGGAAGGGCAUGUGGAGGAUACUGCUCCAUACCCUGAAACUAGAAGAAACGGCAAAAACGGCGACCUGACAGAAACUACAACGGACCAGAGAUAUGGAGCUUAAGAGGGGCGGAAAAAAAAAAAAAAAAAAGAGAGACGAAUUGUUGGAGUUCUGUCAUCAGAACGAACACUGCAGUUUUGCACAAUUACUGUUCAACUUCUAUUACUUUAUCAUGUUCAGUUAGUGUGUGGAGAUUCCUGCGGUAACCAUCUGUAGGUCGGUGGUGGUGAAAUUAAUUAAACAUACGAAGGAUACCACGACCGUACACGUCUAGGUUAAAGUGAUGUCAUUAGCUACAGUUACUCAGUUGCACAUUACGGCAUUACAUUACCAGCAUUGUGCCUGUAACAUAAUCUGAUUUGUGGGGCUGUGAUAGGUGGCCUUGCAGGUUUUACUCUAAA